ACACACACACACACACACACACACUCGGGGAGAGAGAAAGAGCGGCUGCAGAUCAGACUCUUUGUUAUUACACACUGUCACUGAUCUCCAUAGACCUUACAGGACAUGAAGGCUGAAAUGUUACUGGUUUCUGCAGUCUGACAGGAGGAUCUGCUGUUUGUGCGGUGUGUGUGCGUGUGUGCGUGUAUGUGUGUUUAUUUGGAUGCGGUGCUGGAGGAUCGUGUGCGGUGAAUGCAUGUAUGGUGCGUCUGCCAUCUGGACUCACACCGCUAGCUCGCUAGCAUCAGGCUAGCCGAAAAUUAUCAAAACAUAAGUGACCGAGGAGGAAUAAAAUCCCGUUUCCAUGGACAACACGUCCAUCAUUACCCAGGUAGCAAAUCCAAAGGAGGAAGAGAUCCUUUCUUCUUGCCAAGAAAAAGUCUCCCAGUCCAACAGCAGUUUAAAGAAACACAGGAACCGAAGUAUCUUUAGUCCCUUCUUCUGCUGUUUCCGGGACUAUAAUGCAGAGCCACCAGCCACCAACAACAAGACCUGCUCGCUCCCUCCACCUGCCGAGGAGAACAGCAGCCCUCCAAAGUGUGAUCAGGUCCAGGUCAUUCCUAUUCCCAGUCCUCCAGCCAAAUACAUCUUGCCUGAGGUCAGCAUUAAUGAUUACGGCAAGAACUGUGUGGUCAUUGACCUGGACGAGACCCUUGUGCACAGCUCCUUCAAGCCCAUCAGCAACGCAGAUUUUAUAGUCCCUGUGGAGAUCGACGGAACAGUUCAUCAGGUGUACGUGCAAAGACCUCAUGUGGACGAGUUUCUGCAGAAAAUGGGCGAACUGUUUGAAUGUGUUCUUUUUACAGCCAGCCUGGCUAAGUACGCUGACCCUGUAGCAGACCUGCUGGACCAGUGGGGGGUGUUCAGGGCUCGGCUCUUCAGGGAAUCCUGUGUGUUCCACCGGGGAAACUACGUCAAAGACCUCAGCCGACUGGGCCGAGAGCUCAACAAGGUCAUCAUUGUGGACAACUCACCUGCCUCCUACAUCUUCCACCCAGAGAACGCUGUGCCAGUUCAGUCGUGGUUUGAUGACAUGACAGACACAGAGCUCCUGGAUUUACUGCCACUGUUUGAAGGCCUGAGUCGAGAGACGGACGUUUACAGUGUGUUACAGAGCCUGAGGGCCAGGUAGCACACGAGCCCAACACUGCCUCCAAAACACAACCCUCCAUCCAUCAUCCAUCCGUCCGUCCAUUCAGCUCUGGCCUUCAGAGGAUGCCAUUCAUCCAACCAACAACUCUAGAUCCUCAAUGGACCAACGGCCUACAAUAAUCCUUGGCAAGCAAAUACACAUCUGAGUUCACCUUUUGACGCACAAUGAAAAUAAAUAAAACAAAGCGUCUUCUUUUUUUUUUUUUUU